UGGUUGAGCGUUGCGUUUACGGUUUAGUGUGCAAGCUCUGACCCACGGCUAGAGUUGGUCAGUGCACCGCGGGACUGCCUGCUUUGUUUUGUGGAGGCAUGCUUAAAAUAUGAAAAUAAUAGAGGGAAGAUGAAGCUUUAGACAGUAAAAGCUCACACACUGUCCACUGACGACGUUAUGGCGCAGCUAACAUACAGCGAUAGAACGAACGAGAGAAAGUGUGAUCACCAGACCGGUCGGUAGGGAACUGUGAAGUUGCCGAGAUAAUGAGGACCUGGCUGUAGGAAAGCUAACAUCGUUGUGUGCUGUUCUGUAGAAAUAGCUGGAAGCUGGCUCCCAUGUUUGCCCUACUAUUAAGAAGUACUCAUGAGGGACAAAACUUUGAAGUGCCAGUAAUGGACAAUCUCCAAGGAAACCUGGAUCCUCGUAAACAAGAACUUCUUGAAGCUAGGUUUCUAGGAAACCGAGGAUUCAACCUCCCUCAGGGUCAAAUUGACCAACAGCAACGGUUAUCUCAGACGUGUGGAGUGUCUGCUCUUCAGAGUUCCAUUAGUCAAUCUCAGAGUCAACUAGUGCAGAACAACUGUUUUCAAAAUCAUAAUGAAGGAUCCAACCUCAGUACAACAAGUCUUGGUUCCACUCCUAGUGACAAAGAACCAGAGACCCCAGAAAAACAGCUGUCUCGAACUCCAACUGAGAGGAAAAGGAAAAGAAAGGAGGAGCAGUUACCAGCAGGAGGUAAAGGUGUCAGGAGUGAGACAGGGAAGAAGAUAAAUGAAUACUUCAAGCACCAAGGCCUCAGUCCUAGUCGGUAUGGCGGCUCCAAGUCUCCAACAUCUCCAGGGAUUUUUAUGGGUAACCAGCUGAGUUCAUCUUCUGUAAAUACCAGUCUAGAUUUUUCAAAUAUGGUUGUUCCAGUACAAAGAGCAGGUCAGGUCUGUCACAGAGCCAUCCAGACAGAUCUCACUAUAAAUAAGAUAAAAGAAGUAGAAAGCAAGUCAGCAAUGGAUCUAGAAAUGAGGGAUAACAAAAUAGAUGAAUUACAAAGGGCUAGCGAAGAACUAAAAAGGCAAUUACAAGCUCAACAAAAACUCAUAGAAAAACAUAAGGAACAAAUCAAAAAGUGUACAGAAGUAACAAAACAACUACUUAUAGAAAAGUCCAUGAUGGAGAAAAAACAAGCCAGACAAAGAUGUAUGCAGAAUAGGCUGAGGCUAGGUCAGUUUGUGCCCCAGCGGCAAGGGGCAUCUUUUGUAGAGAACUGGGUAGAUGGGCAUGCCUUCACGGAGUUGAUAAAGAAACAAGAGCAUAUUACAAUGGAAAGGGAAGAAAUAGAACGUCAACGUAAGCUUCUUGGUAAGAAAAAACCAAGUACAGCCCAACAGAAAGGAAAGGGUACUAAUGGAAGUUCCACGAGUCUGACCAAUGGGGAUUUCCUGAAACCAGAGCCACCAAAGGAGCUAAGUUGGUACGAUUACUAUGAACAAGAGGAGAUAUUAAAGUUACGACAGGCAGCACUAAAGAAAGAGGACAUGGAUCUACAGAUGGAGCUGGAGAAACUAGAACGGGAACGGAACCUCCACAUCCGAGAACUGAAGAGGAUACACAAUGAGGACCAGUCGAGGUUUAGUAACCAUACCGUUUUGAUUGAUAAAUACUUACUGUUGAUCUUGCUGGGAAAAGGAGGAUUUAGUGAAGUUCAUAAAGCUUUUGAUUUGAAAGAGCAGCGAUAUGUAGCUUGUAAAAUACAUCAACUCAAUAAAGAUUGGAAAGAUGACAAGAAAGCCAACUACAUAAAACAUGCUCUGAGAGAGUACAACAUCCACAAAGCCCUCGACCAUCCUCGAGUUGUGAAACUGUAUGAUGUGUUUGAAAUAGACGCCAACUCCUUCUGCACAGUUUUGGAAUACUGCGAUGGUCACGACCUAGACUUCUACCUGAAGCAGCACAAGAGCAUGCCAGAGAAGGAGGCUCGAUGCAUCAUCAUGCAGGUGGUGCAUGCCCUCAAGUACUUGAAUGAGAUCAAACCACCAAUUAUUCAUUACGAUCUCAAACCUGGUAACAUUCUUCUUGGAAGCGGAAGCGGCAGUAAUGAAAUAAAAAUUACUGACUUUGGAUUGAGUAAGAUCAUGGAUGAUGAAAACUAUAGCCCUGAGUAUGGAAUGGACCUGACAUCUCAGGGAGCUGGGACUUACUGGUACCUACCUCCCGAGUGUUUUGUAGUCGGAAAGAAUCCACCUAAAAUCUCCUCAAAAGUUGAUGUAUGGAGUGUAGGAGUGAUUUUUUACCAGUGUCUGUACGGGAGAAAACCCUUUGGUCAUAAUCAGUCUCAGGCUACCAUCUUAGAAGAAAGUACAAUUCUUAAAGCCACAGAAGUGGACUUUCCAGCUAAGCCUGCUGUCAGCAAUGAGGCUAAA